AUGCUGCGCCGACUGUGAAUAAAAGUAUUUAUUCACUGUAAAAACAUGCCAUUUAGACCCUCUCUCUUUUUCCUCUGCAUUACCCUCGAUUUCUUUCCAAGCCUCUUCACCUCUAACCUUUAAAUAAUCGAAGGCAGGCGAUAUUUCCCUGUAAUUAACGCAGAUCGACGGGCUUUAAACAAAGUUAAGCCCGAACGUCCGAGCGCACUUCACCAGAGCUCCUCUUGAGUUCAUCCAUCCCAUUUCCUGGACCGAGUUCCUGAGGGAGGGCCAGCGACGCAGGCAUGGGAAAGUUCGCCCAACUUUUUCCACUUACAUCGAUUCUUUUUUUAAAAGAGGGCUAAUACAAGUCGACUGGAGCUGUGGUGACCACCACUGUGAGGAGCGGAGGGUGACGAUAAAAAAGUAGACACAGAGCUGAGCCCCGUGAACCAAUAAGGAGACAAACCCCGCUUCACGAGAGAGAAAGAAGCAGAGGAUGUCCAGAGCUGACUGGUCCUUCCUGGAGCACCUGCUGGAGGAGGGCCAGGAGUACUCGACAGCCGUCGGCCGUGUCUGGCUCACCGUGCUCUUCCUGUUUCGCAUGCUGGUACUGGGAACCGCCGCCGAAUCCGCCUGGGAUGACGAGCAGUCUGGCUACGUCUGCAACACGCUCCAACCCGGCUGCACCGCUGUCUGCUAUGACAAGGCCUUCCCCAUCUCCCACUUUCGCUACUUUGUCCUCCAGGUCAUCUUCGUCUCCACGCCGACCAUCUUCUAUUUUGGAUAUGUGGCUAUAAGGGCUAGGAAGAUCAGGCAGAAAGAGGAGGAAAAGGAUGAGGAAGGGGGCAGUAGGACUAAAGACAAUGAACAGGAGAAGGAGAAAGGGUGGAGAAAGGCUGGCAAGACUCCCGCUGAGGCCCCUAAACUGAAAGGCAGGCUGCUGUGUGCAUAUGCACUCAGCAUCCUUUUCAAAGUCCUCCUAGAAGUUGGUUUCAUCAUAGGGCUGUGGAUCCUCUAUGACGGCUUCUUCAUAUCGCCAAAGUUUGAGUGCACGGCAUACCCCUGCCCUCACACGGUGGACUGCUUUGUCUCCCGACCCACAGAGAAGACCGUCUUCACCAUCUACACUCAGGUGAUCGCCGCCAUCUCCCUGUUCCUCAACCUCAUCGAGCUCCUCCACCUCCUCCAGCUCGCCAUCUCCCACCGCUUGGAGAAACGCUACAACACCCAGCGCCUAGACUACCUUCCCCGGUGUGAGCGGGUGGCGGCGGAGCAACAGACUCCGGAGUUUCAGACCGAGGUGUCGCAGUCUUACAAAGCGGGGCAUGUCAGCUCGUGCAGGGCGGGGGUGCAUGUGAGAGCUAUGGGAUCUGGUAUAGAGCGGGGGGGGGAGGCUGUGAGCGACAUGCUGCCUAGUUAUAUGAACUGCAUGGGGGCUAUGAGGACGUCACAUUCCCCUAGAGCUCAUUAUAAAAAACACGCACAUCAAAACAAUGUUAAAAACAGUAAGAGUGCCCAUAAGGGACACUCAAAGCAGAAGCAAUAUGUUUGAUACAGUCAGAUGGGAUGAUACGUUGUUUAUGACUGUGAAAGCUUUGUUCGGCUUCUGAGUUUUUUUUAUAUUGAUAUUUUCCUGCACAUGACACUUGAGCAUCAGGAGUACAUGGUGAGAGCUCAGAUGAGGGAGAAAUCAAGAACAACUAUUGCACUGUGAACCUUAUGCCUCAGAGGCAGGUGGACAUUCAAACAGAGAUUUGCCACAUAAAUGGACCUAUUCAAAACUAAACAUUUUGAGCGCACUCCCCAAGGCAAAGAAAAUGAGACUGCACUGUGAGGGAAGAUUACAGUCAUAAGAUGCCUUCUUCUUACUUGUAAUGGCUUUUAGUGCUUAAUGUGACAGUGGAAAAAAACACUGCAGAGGGGAGGGAGAGAGGGGUCUGUGAGGGUCUAGGGACACUGUGUGAGUGUGUAUGGGAAGGGACCAGACUUAAGCGUAUUCCUCUGAGAUUUGCACUGUAACCCCUGGAGUUGUUUGAAGCCUUCCCCCUCCCCAGUGGCUCUAUCCACACUGUGGAAUGUACUGGUCUCUGGGCCCUGGGUCCGGCUCCCGAGAGGAUACUGGCUGCGUGUAUCCCAGGCACGCAUGCAUGCACACACACAAUGUACUUUUCCCCUUUCACCCAGUGAGUUUUUGGUCACUUGAGUUGAGGGAAUAUGGACCAGGAUAUCAGGGGUAAAGAGGAGGGGAGCUAAACCAUGGGAAUUCUGGGAUUGUGAUUGACUUAUCAUUGCCAGUAACUGUAGAAUUUUAGCAAUGAAGAAAGAGGGAGCGAGAGAGAGAGAAUACCGCUGAAUACUUCAUCACCAGGGCUGAAUAAUGGAGCAAAGACAAGCCAUCCAGUUUGAAAAGCAAACCUUUUAGUGAGCUUGAGAAAGUGCUAAAAAGUGUAUGAGUAAUUGCGCACACCGAAUGGACUGAAAGAGGUGCAGAAAUGUGCUAAUUAAAUGAAAGCAGAUGACAAAUUAUGUGAAAAUUGUAUUUAAUGUUUAAGAUAUUGUGAAAAAAUACCAGUGUGAAUAUUUAUUAUUUUAAAGAGAAUAAAGUUUUAACUACCAUAAAUUAA